CACAAGCGCUGCACUCUAUGGUGUUUACAGUUUUUGCCAAUUCGUUUUGACACUUCGUUUGUUAUUUAUCGGAGAAAAUAUGAGUUAAAUAUCAGUUUUUUUUUCGCAAUAUUUAAAGCAUUUAACAAAACAAAACGCCUUCUAGAAUCAUGGAGAAUACAACACAACGUUUGGUGCCACAAAGCCCACUACUACAAGCUGCCAUCAACAGCGGCAGCCCAACGAAAGAUGGCUGGCGUGAUGAAUUCUACUCGAACAAUAAUGGCUCGCUAAAAAAUAAGAUUGAGAUAAAUCGCAUAUUUGGAAAGAAGUUUCAUUACCAAAAAGCCAAGGAUGAUAAUAAUUGGAUAUUACCGCCACCCAGGGAGUUAUUAAGCGAAUUUUAUCAGCUGGAGCCAUUGCAGCAGCUAAAGCCUAAAUUGAAUGGCGUGAAGUGUAAAUUGAAUGAUUACAUACUUGAAGAUUGGAGUCUACAUACAAGACGGCAAGAUCCUUCUAAUGAAAUUCCAUGGCGUCUUAAAAAUGAAACUAAAGCGGAAUUUGUGACAAUUGCAUGGUGUAAAUUUUUCGAGUGCCUUCACACUUAUCCGCUAGUUAAGGGACCCACACUGAAUUCUUUGCACCUGUGCGAAUUGCCCGGAGCUUUUAUUGCGGCUCUAAAUCAUUACAUGUAUUCGUCAUUCAAGAAGGAAGAGGUGCAAUGGCGCUGGCUGUCGACUACACUUAAUCCGUAUUACGAAGGUAAUCCUACAAACGGCAUGAUUUCUGAUGACCGAUUUAUGUUCCACACAUUCGAUAAUUGGUUAAUGCACGAGGAUUUCACUGGCAAUAUUAUUAAUCGGGACAAUAUUGAACAAAUGGAAGAGCAGUGCAAAGAGCGCUUGGAAGGCAAUGUUCAACUAAUAACGGCUGAUGGAUCAAUAGAUUGCGUUGAUGCGCCCGAUUGUCAAGAAGAAGUUGUGGCAUCUCUUCAUUUUGCCGAAAUCACUACAGCCUUACAUAUUUUGGCUGAAGGUGGUUGUUUUGUAAUGAAAAUGUUUACACUGUUUGAAUCCACAAAUGUCUGCAAACUUUUUCUGCUAAACUGCGUUUUUGACGAGGUGCAUGUAUUUAAGCCUGCCACUUCAAAACGCGGUAACUCGGAGAUCUACGUAAUUUGUAUUGGCUACAAAAAGAAAACGAAGUACUUGCCAGAGACUUUACAACUGAUGAAGGAAAAUGUCGAAUGUGCGAACAUAUUUCCACUUUUCCCAAAAUCCUAUUUACCGAAUGACUUUUUGCUGCAGCACGAGAUAUGCUCGCGUCUUUUUAUGAAUCUGCAAAUUCAAUCUAUCGAAGCGAACAUUCAAGCAUAUGAAGUGAAGCCUACACGACGCCAGGUCAAUUAUAAGCAACAGCUGCGCACUGAUAUCGCAAAUGAAUUUUAUAGGCGCUAUAAAGUACAUAGCAUCGCCGAGGAAGACAAAAUUCUAUUUGGAUGCCCAAAGACAGAUGAGAACUAUACGAAUGCACCAUUUUGUAAAGGUUCAUAUUCAGAACGCGAAAUGGCUAAGGAAACUACUGUGGAGGAACGCAUUUUCGCACUGUAUCGCUUUAUAAAUAAUCUAGAGAAACUCCUGGACUUUAAUUAUGGUGUGGAGUUUAAAGAAUGUUUUGAUACAAAAAAAUCGUCAUCGGCUGAGCUCCGCAUUUAUCGAGGUGUUGCUUUCUCAGAGCUGCAUAGCAGUCUUUUUGCACAUCCCUUUGUAAUGCAAUUGCAUCAGAAACUUAUGGAGGCGUUUUGUCGAGAUCCUAUUUAUAUGGUAACACCCAUUUGCAGGGUAGACGACAAGGAAAUUACAUUAAGCGCAGAUAAAACUAAAGGUUUUUCCCUUGUUCCACAUGAAUUUUAUAUGGCAUUGUUAGAUGCUAUAUCUGAAAGACCACCUCAGCGAAUAAUUUUAUCACAUUUUGCAUUUUUAACACACCUAUCAGUAUCCAUAUUGCGCUUUUUAACCUUGUGCAUUUUCGCUCAAUUAAAGAUUUGUGCAGAGCCGCGGUUUCUGAUCGAGCUGGAAGGCAAGAGUAAUGAAUAUACUCGAGAACAAAAAUUAACUUUGGAAAAGUUGCGCAAUAUCCUAUCAGAAGAUUCAAAUGUGUUAUGCAUUAUGCCUAUUGAACAACUGCACCGCAACGAUUUUGCCAAUGAACUUAUAAAUUAUAAUAAUCAACUCUUAAUGAAGAACUUCAAACUAGCUUUAAAAAACUAAGUUUACAUAUGUUUAUUAAAUAUAAGAAUUUCUACUGAAUUUAGAUUAAAAGAAGGAACAAAUUAUACUGGUUUUUAGCUUGUUCUCGCAAAAUUGUGUUUUGCAUACAUAUGAGCGUAUGGGUCAAGCCCUUAAAUUCUAAUUCCUCGAACAUUCAAACAUAAUAGGGUUUGCAAAUUACUAUUACUUUAAGUGAAACGAAUGAAA